AUGGCUCGCCUGAGCUACCUGCUGGUGGGCGCCGUCGCCGCGCUUAGCAGCUUCGCCAAUGCAAGCUCCGCCGUCAUCGAUCUGAUCCCCAACAACUUCGACAAGGUCGUUCUGCAGUCCGGCAAGCCCGCGCUCGUGGAAUUCUUCGCUCCCUGGUGCGGUCACUGUAAGAACCUCGCCCCCGUCUACGAGGAGCUCGCGCAGGUCUUUGCCCACGCCGAGAACAAAGUUACCGUCGGCAAGGUCGAUGCCGAUGAGCACCGCGAGCUGGGUAAGCGCUUCGGCGUGCAGGGUUUCCCUACCCUGAAGUGGUUCGAUGGCAAGAGUGACAAGCCCGAGGAGUACAAGGGUGGCCGUGAUCUCGAGAGCUUGUCUUCGUGGAUUACCGACAAGACCGGCAUCAAGCCCCGUGGCGCGCAGAAGGAGCCCAGCAAGAUCGAGUUCUUGAACGAUGCCAACUUCAAGACUACCGUGGGUGGCGACAAGGAUGUCAUCGUCGCUUUUACUGCGCCGUGGUGUGGCCACUGCAAGACCCUCGCUCCGAUCUGGGAAACCCUCGCCAAUGAUUUCGCCCUUGAAGAGAACGUCGUGGUCGCCAAGGUUGACGCUGAAGCUGAGAACGCCCGCGCUCUGGCCAAGGAGCAGGGCAUUACCGGUUACCCCACCAUCAAGUUCUUCGCUAAGGGAUCGACCGAGCCCGAGGCCUACGCCGGUGCCCGCUCCGAGGAGGCCUUCGUUGAAUUCCUGAACUCGAAGGCUGGCACCAACCGUGUCGCUGGUGGUGGUCUGAACAAGAAGGCUGGCACCAUUGCCACCCUCGACUCUCUCGUCGCCGAGUACGUCCCCUCGCAGAAGUUCGACAAGCUCGCUGCCGAGGUCAAGAAGGCCGCCAAGGGCCUGCAGGACAAGUACGCCCAGUACUAUGUCAAGGUUGCCGACAAGCUGAGCCAGAACCAGGAGUACGCAGUCAAGGAGUUGACUCGUCUCUCCAAGGUUCUCAGCAAGGGUAGCUCUACUCCCGAGAAGGUUGACGACAUCGUCUCACGCAGCAACAUCUUGCGUGGUUUUGCCGGUGAGAAGGAGGAGUCUGGUAAGGAUGAGCUGUAA